UAGUUCCCGCAACCAAAAAAAAAACAUAAACAUUCUUUAAAUGAAAAAAAAAUUGUGAUAAACCGUUUUUUAAAUAAUUCAAAUAUCCCGCCUAGGGGAUUCCAUCUCUGAAUGUGUUUUUACAAUAAACAAAUUGGAUAUAUGGAGUAAAGAGUCUUGUUUGUAUAAACAAUUAUUAUUGUGGAUUAGGGGAAAGCGUUUUGGAGUCAACAAAUUAUUCUGACAAAAAACCCGAGUGUUUGGGGUCUGAAUUUCGAAUUUUGGGGCCUAGAAUUCAAAUAUAUCAUGGCAAAACAUCAUCCUGAUUUAAUUUUCUGCAGAAAACAGCCUGGAGUAGCUAUUGGGAGAUUAUGCGAAAAAUGCGAUGGGAAAUGCGUAAUCUGCGACUCGUACGUUCGUCCUUGCACUCUCGUGAGGAUUUGUGAUGAGUGUAAUUAUGGGUCAUACCAAGGUCGAUGUGUAAUAUGUGGAGGUCCAGGUGUUUCUGACGCAUAUUAUUGCAAGGAAUGUACAAUCCAGGAGAAAGACAGGGACGGAUGCCCCAAGAUCGUCAACCUCGGCAGCUCCAAGACAGAUCUAUUCUACGAGAGGAAAAAAUACGGCUUCAAGAGAAGAUAAACAAUUAAACAAUGAAAAAUAAAAACGCCAAAUUUUUCAACAUCAUCUAUAUUUUAUUAUCUCUAAUUUCAUGAUUAAAAUUCUUCAGACAAAACAAUUAAUUGGAAUGUCCUGACGUCUGAAUGGAGUUAGCACAUGUGUUCAUUAGAAUUCUCUUUAAUCAUUUAACAUGUAAUAUAGAAGUCUCUAAAAAAUAUCGUCAUUACAGCAAUGAAAUUUCUCCGAAGUGAAAAUAUCAGUUAAAAUUUUCAAAUAAAAAAGAAAAUGCGUCGAGAUAAUUUUCACUGGGUCACAAACUAAAAUCGACAAAAACAUUCGAAUAAACAUUAAAAAUCCCCUAAUUUUGUAAUCUAUCAAGAUACAGUAACGAGUGGAUAAAAUUCCUAAUCGAA